AUGACUUUGCUUACGAUCGCGAGUGCUGUGGAUCUUAGCGGCCCCGAUGCCCAGCAGUGGACUCAACCCGAAAGUGUUCGAUGGCCAGCGUUGCAUUUUCACAUCAAUGUUAAGCAAGACGCCAUGAGAGUUUACGGGCUUAGCAAUUUUGACAUGUACGCUAAAGCUAUUGUUUUGGAUAAAAAUGUGCUUUACGAUGUCUACGCCGCUAUCACCGAUGUCAACAAUGACAUUGUACUCAACUAUACACUAGUCAAUGGUGUUGCGUACUUUGCAACCACAUCUAUUGUAUCUUUCAGUGCAUCAAAGACCUCCAGACUAUCAAAAGUGUGCUUUGAUUCCGAGCUGAGCAAACUACCCGACGUUAAUUUGAUCGUAGCUGCUGUGAAUGACGUAAAGCCCGCAAACAUCAGUACUUGCACCACCGGUCCUUCAUUCACGACAACGAUGAAAGGAAUUGAUUACUCAGUGUGUGUUUCAACGACUGGUUUUACAUUUCAGGGAAGUGAGCUGGACGUUUCAGUCGAGUAUAUGGAGAACCCUAUCAAUAUUCAGCUACCAACUAUGAAUUCUUCAGCGAAGAAGUGCUUAUCUUCGGCUUCAUCUACGCCCAUUACUGUACUUGGACACGCACUACUCACUACAGAAUUGCUUUCUUCGGACAACACGAGAAGACUCUCGGCGGAAACACACAUGAGUUUUAUUUCGAAAAGACUGCCGGAAUGUUCGUGCAAGUCGACGCCCCGCCCUUGCAUUUUCGUUCAUGGUCAAGGAAGUCGUGUAGAAAUGCCUGAAAACCUAGACUCAUUUCCGCAUUAUUGGGGAGACUUGACAGGACAUGCGCCGUGCUGCUCAUCCAUCAAGUAUGCAAGAUUGCAAACCUACAUUAACGCCUGGACAGACGCUUCAUUGCAACAACGAGUCUGUGCACGUGUUCUAGCGGUAAGCAAUACCAGCACCGAAAAUCUAAUUGCAGACACCAUCGUAGUGACGCAUUCUAUGGGCAAUCUUAUGUUCGCGGGUGCUCUUGCCAAUAAACGAUGUAAGCUCGACUCUAGCUCCACCUGGGUGGGGAUGUCAGGGCCGAUGAAAGGCAGCAUGGCCUCGGAUUAUGUCCAAGAUACCUGCGCUGGCAAUACGAGUGCGUUAAUCAAAAAUUUAGCAGAAGUUUUGUAUGGAUGUCCUCCACCAGGAGCUCUAUUGUCAUUGGCGUACGAAGGCGGAAAAUAUUGCUCAAAGGAGCUUAGCAGCGCAUACAAAGCAGCGCAGAAAGUGUAUCGGGAGCAGGUGUAUGCACUUAGUUGUGGUAAAAGUUAUUCCGGUUUGUGGUCAAGGUACCAAUCGCGAUUUUGGAUGCUUGCCAACUUGAUACCACACAAAUCCAAGCAAAAUGAUGGUUUAGUGGAGUUUCAAAGUUGUGCUGCCGGAUUACCAGAAUCCAAGUUUGGCAAUUCAUAUCUUGACCGCUUUUAUGGGAACACUCUCAAUCACCUAGAUAUGCAAUUUAAAAGUGGCGACUCUCCACUAUAUACGUCAAAAAUGCCGCUGAAGUGGUUUGAGUGUUUGUUGUGA